UUUAGCUUAAUUUUCGCGCCAUUUUCGGUUCAUACUCUCUCUCUCUGUCUGCAAUGGAGGUUGUUGUGAAUGGCGAUGCUGCUUCUGUAUCCUCCAAUUUUAUCUCUAUCUCAACAAAAACAACAAAAAAAGAAGGAAAUUGUAUUAUCUUCUUAAUCUCCUGCAUAAACUUGAUUACUAUUUUUGUCCAUCCUCUGAUCCUACCGUCUCUUCUUCCUUUCUCCUUUCCUCAGGAAGAGACGAUUAUUGGAUCAGCUUAUGGAGAUGUAGAUACACAAUGCAAGUUCUAUUGUGUUGCUGAAUGAAUGUUUAGAUGUUCGUCUUCUAAGUCUGAUGUUUAGUUUAAAUUGAUGAACUAUGGCGCUUCUUUAGACAUAACUUGGAUGAGACGAGACUUAAUUUGAUAUAUAUUGAGUUAAAAAGCCAGAAUGGACAGUACUAAUGACCGUCCUCGAAAUUCUCAAUCUAACGGGUCCGUGGCUUCUGUUAAAACUGUUAUUUUGCAUGGUGAUUUAGAUGUGUGGAUCAUAGAAGCUAAAUCUCUUCCAAAUAUGGAUUUACCAGCAGAGCAUAUGAGAAAAUGUUUUACUGUGUUUGAGUGCAAAAAUCCUUGUGCAAAGAGACACAUCAAGCAUUCAGGCAGAAACAAAAGGAUUACAAGUGACCCCUAUGUAUCUAUUUGUCUUGCAGGGGCAACGGUAGCUCAAACUAGAGUAAUUGCCAACUGUGAGAACCCGUUAUGGGACGAGCAUUUCUGUGUGCCAGUGGCUCACCCUGUUGUUAAAGUGGAGUUCCUUGUUAAGGAUAACGACAUACUUGGUGCUGAACUAAUAGGAGUAGUAGAAAUACCUGCAGAAGAAAUCAUAUCAGGAAAUAUAGUUAAUGAUUGGUUCCCUAUUAUUGGUCCAUUUGGAAAUUGCUUAAAACCGCAUCCUGAGCUACAUAUUUCUGUUCAAUAUAAAUCAGUCGGUGAAAAUGCUUUAUAUAAAGAUGGUGUUGGUGCUGGACCAGAUUAUGUAGGAGUUCCUAAUACAUAUUUUCCUCUUCGUAAAGGCGGGAAGUUGACUUUUUAUCAGGAUGCUCAUGUACCUGAUGGUAUGCUUCCUGAAAUUUUACUUGAUGGUGGAAACGUUUUUCAGCAUAGUAGAUGUUGGGAAGAUAUGUGUCAUGCUAUCUUGGAAGCUCAUCACCUCAUAUAUAUUAUUGGAUGGUCAGUAUUUCAUCCUGUCAAACUUGUGAGAGAGCCAACAAAGCCGUUACCUUCUGGAGGCAACCUUACAUUAGGAGAGUUGCUGAAGUACAAGUCACAGGAAGGGGUCCGAGUGGUUCUGCUGCUAUGGGAUGACAAAACUUCACAUGACAAAUUUUACUUAAAAACGGACGGGGUAAUGCAGACCCAUGAUGAAAAAACCAAAAAUUAUUUCAAGCACUCGAGUGUUCAGUGUGUGCUUGCACCUCGUUAUGCUAGCAAUAAGCUUAGCAUUUUCAAGCAACAGGUUGUAGGAACCCUUUUUACACAUCAUCAGAAGUGUGUGCUUAUUGACACCCAAGCUUCUGGAAAUAAUCGUAAAAUUACUGCUUUUAUCGGCGGCCUUGAUCUAUGUGACGGAAGAUAUGACACUCCUGAGCACAGGAUUUUCGAUGAUCUCGACACAGUCUUUAAAAAUGAUUUUCAUAAUCCUACAUUUUCAUCUAAUGUCAAAAGCCCAAGACAACCAUGGCAUGAUCUGCACUGUAAAAUUGAGGGUCCAGCAGCAUAUGAUGUAAUGACAAAUUUUGAACAAAGAUGGGCAAAAGCAACAAAAUGGCGCGACUUCAGGCUCAAAAAGGUUACUCACUGGCAUGAUGAUGCAUUAAUUAAGCUAGAUCGUAUUUCAUGGAUACUCACUCCCAAGCCUGGUAUUAAUGGUGACCAAAAUGUGCGUGUCACCGAUGAAGAAGAUCCUGAGAAUUGGCAUGUGCAGGUGUUCCGGUCAAUUGACUCAGGAUCUGUGAAGGGAUUUCCAAAGGCUACUGAGGAAGCUGUGGCUCAGAAUCUUGUGUGUGGGAAGAAUCUGAAUGUAGAUAAGAGCAUUCAUACCGCAUAUAUAAAAGCAAUAAGAUCAGCGCAACAUUUUAUAUACAUAGAGAAUCAGUAUUUUCUCGGAUCUUCCUACUAUUGGCCUUCAUACAAAAAUGCAGGUGCGGACAACUUAAUCCCAAUGGAAAUAGCUUUAAAAGUUGCCAGUAAAAUCAGUGCAAAUGAGCAUUUCUCGGUUUACAUAGUUAUACCGAUGUGGCCAGAGGGUGUUCCGAGCAGUGCUGCUGUCCAGGAAAUUUUGUUUUGGCAGGGACAAACAAUGGCCAUGAUGUACAAAAUUAUUGUUAAGGCUCUCAAACAAGCAGGACUUUCCGAUCAGUAUCAUCCACAAGACUAUUUAAACUUCUAUUGUCUCGGAAAACGUGAAACGUCAUGUCCAUGCAAUUCAUCCCAGAAUAAUCUGCAAACUGAAAAUCGUUCACUGGCAGCUGUGCAAAAAUAUCGGAGGUUUAUGAUUUAUGUGCAUUCAAAGGGAAUGAUAGUUGAUGAUGAAUAUGUAAUCUUAGGAUCGGCAAACAUUAACCAGAGAUCGUUGGAUGGUUCAAGGGACACAGAAAUCGCAAUGGGUGCUUACCAACCGACUUAUACAUGGAGAGGAAAACGCUCUCAUCCCCGCGGCCAGGUAUAUGGUUAUCGUAUGUCUCUCUGGGCCGAGCACCUUGGCGUUCUGGAGGGAGAAUUUCGGGAACCGGAGUCGUAUUCGUGCAUGAAAGUUGUGAAUAAGAUUGCAAAACAAAACUGGAAAGCAUAUGCAGCUGAGGACAACAAGGAAAUGAGAGGUCACUUGAUGCAGUAUCCAGUUCAUGUGAGCAAAGAUGGGAAAGUAAGUGCAAUGGCAGGGCAUGAAUCAUUUCCUGAUGUUGGUGGAAAAGUUCUUGGUUCACCCACCAACCUUCCUGAUGCUCUUACCACAUAGCUUUUUAUAUAUAUUUUCAUACAAAAAUGUCCAUUUUAUCCCUCCGACUUGGCACGAAAUAUCAAAAAAAAUCAAGUUUGCGUUUUAUACCUGCUGUUUACACCUUAAUUUGAGGUUGGUCUUGAUGGUCAAAGGUGUAAACCGUUCUAACUUCUAACAUCGACAAGCUGUGAGUUCUUUUGUCACAAAAUGCGGAUUUGGAUAAUUUUAGUCUUUUGUGCUAAGUUGGAGGGGUGAAAUGACCUUUUGUUGAUUUUCAUAUAACGUUUGAAAUGUAUACAUGUAAAUGUGUUUAAGGAAAAUCACUAUAACCCUAA